AUGCCAGAGACUGACGCCGCCCUCACCAAACGCCCAGAACGCAAGGGUGGAAUUGUUGUUGAGGAUGAUAUGAGGGCUCCCUUCACAUUACAGGAUUAUGUGAAAGUUGGAGCUGAUUUUUGUCCAGGGAUGAAUCGUCCGGCCGGACGUGGUUUUAUCCAGGAGAGAGUCUCCUAUAAAGCAUAUCACCGAUCACAUGUUUCCAAGGUCGUGGGAAUUGCUGUGACUGCUUGUACUUGGUGGAUUGUAAUGUCACUGGAUCGUCAGAAGGGACCCCUGAUGAUCCAAAGUUUGCACUGA